UCGGUUCUUCAUAAUUUAUACGGAAUUCAAUCAUUAUUCAGGCGUUGAAUGUAGUGUUUAAAUUCUCUUUGUCAGGUGAUUCCUAAGUUCGUACCAGAGUUCAAGUCGACAGUCGUAAGUGUUUAUCUGAAUUCCCUUCGUUAUAUAAAUCCGCCGAAAAUUUAAACAAUAAUAAUAUAUAAUAAAUCUUACUAUUAUAUAAAUACAAAAUGGUAUCUGGACCGGUGUUGUAUGCAGCUGUACCAGUUUCUCUGGUGGUAGCUUUAGGUCUAUUACGAAAGUGGCGUUCAAGAAACUGGGCAAAGUGUAUUAGCAAUACAUGUCUAAGAGGCAAAACAUUUCUCAUAACCGGUGCAAACAGUGGGAUUGGAUUGGAAACAGCCAGAGCUCUAGUAAGACGAAAAGCUCGAGUAAUAUUUGCUUGUCGAGAUCUUGCUAAAGCUAAACAAGUCGUCGCUACCAUAAGAAAAGAAGAAAAUUGCGGCGAACUCAUCCCAAUGCAACUUGAUCUUGCAUCUCUAGAAUCAAUAGAAAAAUUUGUUGAUGUUGUUAAGGCUGGCUUCAACAGGAUUGAUGUACUCAUUAACAACGCUGGUGUUGUCAUACCCCUAGAUAAAGAUGAGAAGACUAAAGAUGGUUUUGAAAUACAUAUGGGUGUUAAUCAUUUGGGCCACUUUUAUCUUACACAACUACUUCUAGAUCUGCUUAAGAAAGCUUCUCCUAGUAGAGUGGUAGUUGUAACAUCAACCCUUCACGAGAGAGGCAAAUUAGACUUCAAUGACUUGAACUUAAGGAAGGAAAUUGAAGAGGCAAAAAAAGGCAAGAAGCAGCGACACAAUCCAGGCUACUGUAAUUCAAAACUCAUGAAUGCAUACUUCGCAAGAACAUUGUCGGUCAAAUUGAAAGAUUAUGGUGUGGAUGUUAACACCUGCUGCCCGGGAUUCUGUUACACUAAUUUGUUCAGGAGCUUCGUGAAAUGGUACCACUACAUACUGCUGGCGCCGAUGGCCCUGCUGUUCAUGAGGUCGGCCAAACAGGGGUCAGAGACAGUAGUGUACUGCGCAACUGACUACAACAUCGAGGGUACGACCGGGAAGUUCUACCGCGACUGUGCUGAGUACUCUUCCAAGUAUCCCUUCAACACUGAUGAGGAGCAGAAACUGUGGGACAUCAGCGAACAAAUGAUUAAGGCUCGGAGACCACUUUAAACGGCAAAUGUAAUCAAAAAUAUCUGAACCUCUUAAGGGCGGAUUCGACCAAACUGGAGAAAGUAUUUACUCGUGAGUAACUACUGCUACUCUAAGAUUAAAGUUAAUUUUGUGUUAUACCAACCACUAACCUCAGAAACAACAAAACAAAGAAUUUUUGUAGGUUUAUACAUUCAUUCGUUCUUCGAUCAUCAUUCACUUUUAAGCUAUAGGAUAACUGUACCGAGAAAGAGUACUCCACAAGUACGUUGGAAAAACGAAAACGAAAAUAUCCAAGUACUAAAUUUAUCUCCGUAUAUUUAUCCUCGUGAAACAUCUUGUUUGGUCGAAUCCGCCCUAACUUACAUACUACUGUAGUUAUUACUAAUGUAAAUCAUUUUAGGUGUUCUUCAAUCAAAUAUAUUUUCGCUCACAAUGGAAAAGGAUUGUAGUUUUACUUGAAUCUCGAACGUCAAUGUUCUCCUGAGUGUUGAACAAGACAUACCAAGAUUUAUGAACCAUGCGUCACUCGAAAGGUUGGCUCAAUUGGUAAGAGCGCUCCGACGGAACCCCAGAAGUCGCGGGUUCGAGUCCCGCAUCGUUCAUAAAUUUUGGUUACAAAUAUUUAUUUGUAUAAUUAAUUCCAGAAGUGAGGGUUUUCACUUUAAGAUAACAAAUUGAUGCCAGUGCUUUGAGCAUUUUUGCGUCUUUUUUAAUAAAUGCUUGGCGUUUUUACGAAAAUAACGCACUUUUAAAUUUUAGCCUUUGAACAAAUACAUUUCUUAGUUUUUCAGAUAUGUUUGUAUGUAAUGUAGGAUGACAUAAAUAUAAUAUAAUUAUAUAGUCUGUGUAUUCUUUGUCAAGCAAUAAAUACAAAUUAUUGUAAUAUACUCUAUGACACGGGCAUUUUUUAAAACUUAAUAAGUUACAAAAUAGUGCCAUGAUUUAAGACAACAUUUUUUUUUAUAUUUCAUCUGAUAGGUGGUUUUUAAUUAUGUUUAUAAUAUGUUAAUUAUGACUAUUAAGUACUUUACUCGAAAAGCAUAAUAAGACAAUUAGUUCAUUUCUACACAUACUUCAUGUUAGUUAUUUGGUGUAAAGAGGAGUUCUCACUGUCCGAUUUCACUUGAACCCAUUGAAUUUGUAUAAGUAUAUAUUAUAUUUACACUGUACGAGUAGCGCCCGAGUCCACUUGGUUUAAGUGAAUUCGGAUAGUGAAAACCCCGCUUGAAGAAAACUAUUACUCAACUAAUGUAACUAGGGACGGGUAACUAAUUGGAGUUAUGUUUAAGUAUGUCACUUAUUUAAUUAAAUUUUAACUCAUUUCUUUACCUUAGACUUUAUUUAGAAAACCUCUUCUGGCAUGUUGUCUAAAAUUAGUUGAUCGCGUAACUAAAUAUAACGUACGACGGCGACAGAACGCCGUUGUUCUUUGCGUGUAGACACGGCCUAAGAACAAACUAUGUUAAGUUUAACGCGACACACGUGGCGACAAUAACUGUUGAGUUUUUGUAUUGUAUGAAAGAUGUAUAGAUUGCAAAUUUCUCUUAAAGUAAUUAGCAUAUAUUAAAUACAGACCCGACAUUGGUUAUAAUAUGAUAACGACAACAAAUAAGUUGAAAAUCAUUUAAGAAGCAUUUGUUAACACGAUGAUAUGCUUUUUCUGUGAAUAAAAAUACAAAUUUACAUUUAAUGUGGAAACGGUGGGUACUUUGGUAGCGGAAAAUCUUAAGGGAUCGCGUCACCGACAUGCUCAUAAUUGGCGAUGCGAUAAUUAAUAAUUAAAAAAAUAUAAUUAAAUAUUUGGAUGGGUGUAAUCUCGUGAGCCUGCGUCAUCGAAAUGAUUCAGUGUUUUUGUUUGAGUAAUUAUUGAAAAUAAGGUUUUUUUUAUUACUUAAUAAUUUGAUUUGUUUUUAAAAUGUCAAAUUUUAAUUCUAUUUAUUUGUAUCAUGUAGCCGUGUGUGACGCGUUAUUUAUAUUGUAAGUUAACUUUAGUGUUGAUAUAUUAAUCAAAAACCAUAAUAAUAAUGUUAGACUUUAUAAAUUAUAUUGAAGGGUAUAGCGAACAUUUAUUUCUGUUAUUCAUUAAAGUUAUGAAAGGAA